CAGUGAAUUGGAAUCUACGGGAUAUUAUGAGGACCGCUGUCUGCACUUUUUUGCUGUUUGCUUUUGGUGUUACUACUACCACUGAAGAUCGAGUCACUGAUGGCUCGACCUGCUCCAAGUAUGAUUUCCACACGGAAAAAGGUGACUGGGAGGAGGCCAAGAAAAACUGUGCCAAAAACAGUGGUUCACUUGUCUCUAUGGAAACCGAAAAAGAAUGGCACUUUGUUACGAACUUGACCAAGAAUGAAAAAAAAACACGUUGGUUCAUUGGUUUAUUUGAAAGCGCUAAUAGUUCUAAUACGUGGUACUGGUUGAGUGAAAGCAAAGCAUGGGUUAACGAGGGUUCUAAUGAAACAUGGCGUUGGAAUGAAGGAGAACCAAACAAUCAUAACAGAGAAAAAUGCGUGGAGGUGAUGCAAAAUGGAAAGUACAGCAACAUAGCCUGUCAAAAAGCUUGGUAUGAUGACGAUCCGGGAUAUAUAUGCGAAAAGCAAGUCAAUUGUUCCACUGUUUCAUCGAAAGCAGAUAUUUUCAUUUUGAAAGGUAGAGAACCUGCGUCAACCCACCAGCUGUUAGAGACAAAGACAACAGCCACCUCCCUCAGAACUCAAAGGAAGAAUACAAAAACUGAAGAUCGGCAUGAGAUGCUUUCAGAAG